CCCGACGGCCCAGACGGCGACCCAUAAGAAAAGAAUUUGUUUUCUGUUGGUUGUUUGCAGAAAUUGGUUUCUUUAAGUAAAUCGAAAUGAGAGAAAGAUUGAGGGAGGAGCUAUCAGGCCUUUCAAUUUCAGUACUGGUUGUAUUUUUUAAGCCUCAAAAUGAAAAAAAAAAAAGUUAGUUUCUCACCAGUGAUUCCGUUAGUAUUAUAGAUGGAUCUGAGCAGAAGAGGCAUAUUGAGGGCUUUCAUGUAGUUAGGGAGUGCAAUUACCACUUUCAAAAAAUUGGGAAGCAAGUUGAUAUAACUAUAGUUCAGGGGGCAUUUAUGAAAUUAAUCCUUUUCACUGGAGGAGUUAAAUUCUUUCAAAACCAAAGAAAAUGCUUCAAUUCCGAUCAUCAAAGGCUGCAAGAAUAGCCAAUUGCUCUCUCAUCUUUCUUCAAACAAGAACCCCAUUAUUUUCCCUCUAUUCCUCGCAACCCCAACUAGACCCAAACCAGAAGCGCCAUGGAUUUGUUUCUCCUUCAAGAGUCCAAAAGCUUAUCGUGUCCCAAUCUGAUCCUCUCCUUGCAAAAGAGAUCUUCGACUAUGCCUCUCGUCAACCCAACUUUCGCCACUCUUACUCUUCCUUUCUCAUUCUCAUUCUCAAGCUUGGUCGUUCCAAAUACUUCUCACUCAUUGACAACCUUCUUGUCCGCCUCAAAGCUGAGCGUUACCCAGUAACCUCAACUCUCUUUUCACAUCUUAUAAGGAUCUAUGGUGAGGCUGAUUUGCCCGACAAGGUCCUUCGAACAUUCUAUAUGAUGAUUGAGUUCGAUUUUAAGCCUUUGCCCAAACACUUGAACCAAAUUCUUGAGAUCCUUGUUUCUUACCGGAGCCAUAUCCUAUCGGCUUUUGAUCUUUUCAAGAGUGCCCACAGAUAUGGAGUUUUGCUCAACACUGAGUCUUACAAUAUUAUGAUGCGGGUCUUUUGUUUAAAUGGUGAUCUCAGCAUUGCGUACCAACUGUUCAACAAAAUGUUUGAGAGAGAUCUUGUUCCCAACGACGAGUCAUAUCGGAUUUUGAUGCAGGGGUUGUGUAGGAAGGGUCAAGUUAACACGGCUGUCGACUUUUUGGAGGAUAUGCUGAACAAAGGGUUUACUCCGGACACCUUGAGCUACACCACAUUGUUGAAUAGUUUGUGUAGAAAGAAACAGCUAAGAGAGGCUUACAAGCUUCUUUGUAGGAUGAAGGUUAAAGGGUGUAAUCCUGAUAUUGUUCAUUAUAAUACGGUCAUAGUGGGAUUUUGUAGAGAAGGGCGUGCCAUGGAUGCUUGCAAGGUUCUUGAGGAUAUGGCCGAAAACGGGUGCUUACCAAAUGUGGUGUCUUACAGAAGCUUGGUCAGUGGACUGUGUCACCAAGGGAGUCUUGACGAGGCGAAAAGAUAUAUGGAGGAGAUGAUGUCAAAGGGGUUGUCUCCACAUUUCUCGGUCGUUCAUGCUUUGGUUAAAGGUUUCUGCAAUGUUGGUAGGGUUGAGGAAACUUGUGGGAUUCUAGCGGAGAGUCUAAAGCAUGGGGAAGUUCCUCAUAUGGAUACUUGGAUCGCAAUUCUUCCUAGGAUAUGUGAAGAGAAUGAGAUUGAGAGUUUGGACGAAAUUCUAAAAGGGGUUCUGAAGAUCGAUCAAGUUCAGCUUGGUACAAAAAUGCACGAGCCACGUACUUGUUUGGAGGACCCCUUGAUGAAAAUGGGCAAGAACUAUGCCAUUAGGAGGUUCUAGAUUUUUCUUGAUUUGUUCAAACUUCCCACAACUUGGAUAAAAUGAAGUUGCUGUUCGAAAAUUGAAGGUUCUAGAUUUUUCGACACAUCGGCAAGCAAAAGCAAUUUGGGUCCCAACUAUGGCUUACAGCCUCACUCAACAUGUCGUUGGUGUUGGUAGAAACAACUUGUUCUUAUGUUGCUGAAAAUGAUGUGUGUAGUUUAGAAUCAGACGACCUUGAAGAGUCACAAAAUGUUUUGUUUUCUGUCGAUUUUCAUUCACAAAACGCCAUGUCGGUCCUCAGUCUUGAUAGCCAUUGUAAAGGGAGUAAACGACAUGUAGAUUGUACACAAUGAAACGAAUUGAAAAUUAUCCGUGU